ACCAUUACUCCCGAACAAAGGCGAUUGCAGAGAUGGCUAUUAUGGCAGCCAAUGGUUCCCAAGUUGAAGGGGGAGGGAAACUGGCAACAUGCGCUCUCAGGCUGGCUGGGGUUUACGGUCCAGCAGAACAGAGACAUCUUCCUAGAAUUGUUUCCUAUCUUGAGCGUGGUCUGAUGGCAUUCAGUUAUGGUUCAGACCCUAUCACCGACUAUCUCCACAUUGACAACCUAGUUCAGGUUGAGAUACUUGCAGGGGAGGCACUCAGUGAGAAGAAAGACAGAGUUGCCGCUGGCCAGACAUACUUCAUAUCCGACAACAAGCCAAUCAACACAUUUGAAUUCUUCAGACCUCUUGUGCAAGGGCUAGGCUUCAGUGGACCAUAUAUCAAUCUACCUCUCAAGUUGAUUUACUUUAUAGCUAUCAUUACAGAGUUCUUACAUUCCAUUAUUGGUCGAGUCUACAAUUUUCAACCUCUCCUGACCAAGACUGAGGUGUACAAGACCGGUGUGACCCAUUACUUCAGUAUUGAGAAAGCUGCCCGGGAUCUAGGCUACUGUCCCACGGUACAGAACAGAUUGGACGAGGUCAUACAACAUUUCAAAAGUCUAGGGCAUGGCAAGAAGGAGACAAAGGAACAGUCGUUUAUCAUGCGUUAUCUGGUCAAUAUCAUCAUAGCUUUUAUAUUUGCUUCGAUUAUUCUGUCUUUUCUACCUGUGACAAAUUGAUGUUUACUGUACGAUUAGAUUCUUUUGACAUUCGUAUUCUGGGAGUG